AUGAUCGGCCUCAUCAUGUACGGUACCAACAUCAUCCGUGGGCUGCGUACGGUGGAGAGUGGUGAGUACGGUGAGGAUAUUGGGCGCGUUGAUACGCUGAGGGUCAUGGCGGCUAGCCAUGUCAUCCUUGCGUUGGUAUUGGUGGGUGUCCUGGUUCUGCAGAGUGGACAAUGGUACGCGGAGAGGAAGGAGGGGCAGGAGGUGGCUGCGGCGAUACAGUUGGAGGAGGAGGAGGAGGAGAAAAGGUUGGCAGCUGCCGCCGUGGUGGACAAGACGAAGAGUAAGAAGAGGAAUUAG